AAUGCUGGCAGCGUUCGUAUUCACUCCCGCUUUUGCUGCUUGCUGUGCUAAAUCAUAGUAAGUAUUCGCAUUGUUUUUAAUAGCUGGAGGAGCUAUUCUGUGUCCCUAGAGAACGUCUCCCUUUCUUCCCUAGGUUUCGUACGUUGCUAAACAUCUUUUCUUGUGUUUGCUUCUGAAAAGUGUGUCACUAUCCACAGUGCUGAUCCGGGGGCUGCCAAGAACGUGACGGCUGUAAGAAACAGCGCCAUGAGAAGAAGCAUGAAUGUGCCUGCUGUAUGAAGGUAUGAAUAUUUGCAGAAUAAGCUGUUGGACGAACGUUGUGCCAAAACAAUGGCUUCUCAAGAGUUUACUGUACUAUACACUCACCAAAAAAUGAAAAAAUCAAAAACAUGGCAAGAUGGAAUUCUGAGGAUUAGAACUGGAGGAAAUAAGGCAAUCUUGUUUGAUGAUAAAGGACAAUGUUUGGAGAGUUUGUUUAUAAAAUCUCAGGUGAAUGCUGGAGAUAAUUUAGAAAGUGAACGCUAUUUGAUCACAGUUGAAGCAGUAAAACUGAAUGAAAAAUCUUCUGAAGAUCAGCCAAGGAAAGCAGAAACUCCAGCAGUGAAUAGAAAUGGCGUAAAGCCUGGUGGUCUGCCUCCAAGACACCUGCCUGUUGGGUUGAAAAGGAAGUUUACAGGUUUCCAAGGGCCACGUCAAGUUGAAAAGAAAAUAUCAGCAAAGGAAGAUGAAGAAAAAGCAACAUUAUUGCCUUUAUCUAAGCAGUGUCAGAGUUCCUUGCCAUCUAAGUUUUAUAUCACCUCUCCCUUAUUUUCUACUGUUUGCAAGAAGGAUGCAGACACAAAUGUAUCCACCAGCUUUCAUGAAAAUGUGUAUACAAACAAUGAUAAAGAACAUGUGUCCUUCACCUCACUGGUUUCAGCUCCAUUUCUUGAGACGUAUAAAGAGACAGAGAAGAGUAACUCUGAUCAGUCCAUUGUGAAGCCAGAAUAUCCUCUAAUUAGUGAGCACACCAAGGCAACCAGUCGUGUGGCGGUGUCGCAGAACAUCAGGAGCACAGCACAGAUAAUUGCUCUUUUGAAGUCUAAACCAGCCCACCUAUGCACAGAGCAAACAAUUUCUGAAGUCACGGAAUGCCAUUCUAAGUUUCAGACGUCAGAAAAUAUAGAUAGUUUCUAUAACCAGAAGAGUACAACCCCACCUGGCUUUUCAGGCAACCCCGGCAAAGGUUUUACUCAAAAUAUUCAGCACCAACAUUCUACAAAGGAAACUGGAAGUGAUGAAAGGGAAUGGAAUGCUGAAAUGCUUCUAAAUUCAGCUGAACAAGCUUGUGAUAAAGAAGUUGCGGGACAAAGACGUGACAGAAAGGCAAAUAUCUUAAGUCAAGAUUUACAAGACCCCUGCAAUACAAAGACUUUGCACCCUGAAAAAAUGUGUGUCUGUAUGAAUUUAACAGACAGCAAAAGGCAAUGCAUUUGGGAUUGUGAAAGAUGUCGAGAACCCUCAUUCUCUAGAAGUGAUGGGGUACCUAAACCAUUAUCGAUUAACAAAUGUGCUGCCAGUGACCAUCCAAAUAGUUGCUUCCUAUCUGAAUCUAGCAUAAGUAAAAUGAGCAACAGUCAAUGUGUCCCCUCCUUAAGUGAUAUUUCUUAUUCAGCAAGUCCAGCUGAGUCCAUCGUCCUUGAAACAAAUCUCUCCACAUGCAGAGAGCGUUCAGUGACUAAUGGUCUUAAAGAGGAUUCAUCUUCAAAGUCACAAAAUGAACUCCAGCUGAGACGAAAUUCAGAAACAGUGUCCAGUGACUUGGAGCUCUCUGCGGACGUAGCAUUGACUGGUCAUGUAGUUGUGAAAGAGGAAUUAAGUACACAUGGCAGAGACAGUGGUCCAGAAGAAGAGGUGAUGGAGGUGAAUUUCAAUUUAUUAGAGGCUUUUGAUUUUAAUGACACAGACAAUAGAGAGCUGUGUGAAAGAGAUGUGAAAGAGCUUGGUGAAGGAGACAUGCUUUCACAAGGUCCAGUUUGCUUAAAGGGAAAAGACGCAGCACAAACUGUUGAGCUGAGACUUCGUUCUUGCUGUGAAGUAACACCACACAGUAAAAAGGAAGAAGUCAGAGGUUUAACGUUUGACAGAGGGAAUGAUGGAAAUCACUGUCCAGGAGGUGUACCGUUGCCGCUUUGUGACAGCGGCAUUGGCGAUAUUGGGAGAACUGCGGAAGACUUUGUAAGCCCCGCCAGAAUUGAAAUGGAACUUUUGGAUGAUAUAAACAAAAUAAAACAGAUUAAUGAAAGUCAAUUAAAUAUUGAAGCCAAGACCCAUAAAAAGGAUCUCAACGACUGUGCAGCACAUACUGUUAAUGACAGGUUGUCGAUAAACAGUCAGGACUCUGAUGUUUUGCCUGGUGGCACAAAUGUUAAUGAAGGUCAUGCUAGAACCAGUAUGUUUGAGAAAACUGAAAGUAAUUCACGUAUUUUGACCAGCAGAAUGAUUUCUGCAAUGGACAAAAGAACUGAAGAUGAUGUUUUACAGCUUGGAUGCACAAAAUCCCAGGACAUAGAUUUAGAACAUUUCCAGGGUACUAGUAAUGACGACAUUAAACCAGCUAUAAAACAGUUAACAGAAAUGCCUUACUCAGGAUGUACAGAGGCAUCUUCUUGUUCAUACGUGGAUUCUUCUGGCCUUACGGUAACUUACCCUCUCUGUGUGGACAACAUAUUACAGAAACACGAGGCAUCUGUUCUACCAACAGCACCGGGCCAAGGAGACUCUAGGACUUCUGACUGCCAACCAAAGCCUGUUGAGUUUCAAGGGCACAGAGUAAAAGGGUCAGCAACUAGUGAGAUGAUGUUGAGAGCUCCCUGCUCGCAGCUAGGAUGGCACCAGUACCCAGACACUAUGGAGUCUGCAGCUGAGAGAUUUUUGUCACCUGUGUUUUCAAGCAGUUAUGUCCUUUCUGACUGCAGACAGUCUCCACAUUCAAGAAAUCUUUGUGAAGAUGAUGCCAACUUCACGGGCGAAGGGAGUUUUCAGAAGAAGUCUAACAUUAUUAAAGAGUCAAUAAUGGAUGAAUCCCCAUUGGCACUGAGUGUAUAUUCUGAAGUUCCAAAAUGGAUAAUGUCAGGCUCACCUUCAUGUUCUGAUUUGGUGCAAACACAGUGGACUUCAUGGGAGCCUUACAAGGUGAUUUCGUCAGUACAACUGGCUUCCUCGCUUAGUCCGGACUCUCCAAUUUCUCCAACUUCAAGAAAUGAUGAAACUCUUAAAGACAUCCAGGAGACUGUGACGGACAGGAUCUCAAGAGGCACAGAACUUUCAGAGUGCUUUUUCACACGGGAGGAAUCCAGUUAUCCAGAAGAGUGCAACCUCUCGAGAUUCAAGCCCACAGUUAAAACACGAACUCCGCUUGUCACUGUUCCUACCACUGAGAAGAUUCCUGACGCUGAAGUUUAUUUAACUGACGGUGAGGAGGUUCAGCAAUCUUUUGGCUCUUCAGCAGUCAAUUUAUGCAACAAGUCGGCAGUGUUUCCUGUCAGUGAUUUUGGCCUCGAGGACAGGAAUUAUGAAACCUCUGUGUUUGAAGACUAUACGGCAGAUGGACAAAGGGAAUCUAUACAACCAGUGUUCCCUAAUGUGACUUCACAAUAUAGACAAAGCAAGUGGCUAAAAUACCAAAACAGUGCUCAGUGUGACUUGAUAACUCAAAACAGCGAUGAUGUGGAAGUAACUGAUGACAUCUGGACUGAGAACAUCCUUGGAAUGCCACUGGGUGACACAGGAGAGAGCCAGAGCAGUGCUAUGACUAAAAGCCCUCCCGGCUCUGUGCCUCUGCAGACAGCAAAGAGCACGGUUGGUAAACACUGUGCAAAGAGCAGGAACAGAGAUUUAAUUUCAGAGAGGAAGUUACUUUCUCUGCACUUAAGUCAGGCUCCUUUAGCUGAAGCCACACAAAAGGUGUUAAGUCAUCUGAGCUGCCGCACUGUAACAGGAGAAGUCCAGGACUUAACAGUUUCUGAGUUGUCCUUUCCUAAUGUGGAUAAAGUAAAAUAUGCUAAUCUUCCUAAAAGGAACGUUGCCAUACCAACUGUUUUUCAGUCUCAUGUUCAUUACAAACAGAUUUUUACAGCUGCUUUAACAGAGCAUUUAAACAUAAUUCUUUUUGAGCUGUCACAAAGAUUACACAAGGCUCUUUCAAAAGUGGAUAUAUCAUUUUACACUUCACUGAAAGAUGAGCAAAGUGAGAGCAAAGAAAGCCGUGUUCCACUGUGUGAUCACAUGCAUCCUGCUAAGCUUGUUGUGGUUAAAAAAGAAGGUCAAAACAAGGGUCGUUUGUUCUAUAGCUGUGAUGCCCCAAAAGCUGAGCAGUGUUCGUUUUUCAAGUGGCUAGAAGAGGUGAACCCAGGACAGAUAAAAUCCAGACCCAGUAUAGUGCUUCAUGAUGUAAAAAGUGUUGGGGCGUACCUCAGAAGUCAAAAGAUUUCCCUCUAUGAGGGAUGCCAGCUUUUGGUGAGGAAAGCCUUUGAAAUUCAAACAAAGCAGUUAAAUAAGUUAAAGAAAUUUACGAAUGCACAGGCCAAAUUCGAUGGUGAUUCCAAACGCAAAUUAUACCUCAAACUGAGCAGAAGGGAGCAUUCUUCUAUCUAUAGUAAAGACGAUAUUUGGGUUGUUUCGAAGACUCUGAACUUUGCUCCCCUUGAUACUUUCAUUGCAAGUAGUGCUUUCUUUGGACCGUCAUCUAACAAUGAAGUAGAAUUACUACCACUGAAAGGUUAUUGUCCCUCAAACUGGCAAACAAAUAUGCUUGUUCAUGCCUUACUAGUAUGUAAUGCUAGUGGUGAGCUUACGUCUUUAAGAAAUAUGGAGGAAUACUUCAAUCCAUCUACUCUACCACUAAUACCAUAUCUACUAAAAAUGAAUUUUGAUUCUGGAAAAGCUCCUAAGAAAGUCAACAAAAGAAGAUUUACUCCCCCAGCCUCAAACCUGAAACGCACAAUGAUGUAUGGACUUGUCAGCCCUGAAAUAACAAUAGGAUUAGCCAGAAAGAUGAUCCAAACAUUCUCAUUGAACCCAGAUCAAGCUACAUCACUGAUUCAGAUAGCUGGGAUGAUGACUUCGCCUGAAAAUGUCAAACCAGUGGAAGAACAGCAGAUCUUCCCUAUCACAAUCAUACGUGGUGUUUUUGGAGCUGGAAAGAGCUAUUUGCUGUCCGUUGUGAUCUUGUUCCUAGUCCAGCUCUUUGAAAGCAGUGAAGCUAAGGACGGCCCAAGGCCAAUUCCAUGGAAACUUCUGAUCGCUUCCUCCACUAAUGUUGCCGUUGACAGGAUACUGCUUGGUCUACUUGAUCUUGGAUUUGAGGAUUUUAUCAGAGUGGGAAGUGUUAGGAAAAUCGCCAAACCAAUUCUUCCCUAUAGUUUACAUGCUGGCUCAGGAAAUGAAAAUGAACAAUUAAAAGAACUACUUGCUCUCAUGAAAGAAGAUUUAACUCCAGCUGAAAGAAUCUAUGUGAAGAAGAGUAUUGAGCAACAUAAACUAGGGACCAACAAAGCUAUAUUGCAACAGGUAAAAGUGGUUGGAGUGACCUGUGCUGCCUGCCCAUUCCCUUGUAUGAAUACCCUUAAAUUUCCUGUGGUGGUGCUGGAUGAGUGCAGUCAGAUGACUGAACCUGCUUCUCUCCUUCCUAUUGCAAGGUUUCAGUGUGAGAAGCUGGUCCUUGUUGGAGACCCUAAGCAAUUACCGCCAACUAUUCAAGGGUCUGAUAGCGUUCAUGAAAAGGGUUUGGAGCAGACUCUGUUUGAUCGGCUUUCCUUAAUGGGACAUAAAGCAAUACUGCUUCGGACACAGUACCGAUGUCACCCUGCUAUUAGUGCCAUAGCCAAUGAGCUAUUUUAUGAAGGAAGUCUGAUAAAUGGUGUUUCAGAGGAAGAUAGAAGUCCUUUACUGGAUUGGCUUCCAACACUGUGUUUUUAUAGUGUUAAUGGGAUAGAGCAAAUUGAAAGAGACAACAGCUUUUAUAAUAUGGCGGAAGCUCACUUUGCAGUCAAGCUUAUCCAGUCUCUGAUUGCAAGUGGAAUAGAAGGAUUUGCAAUUGGUGUGAUUACUCUUUAUAAAUCACAGAUGUGUAAGAUUCAGAAUUUGCUUAGUGGUGUACGUUCUGAGGCUCUUGAAAUUAAAGCUGUCCAGGUGUCUACUGUAGAUGCGUUCCAAGGAGCUGAGAAAGAGGUCAUUGUUUUGUCGUGUGUAAGAACACGACAAGUUGGGUUCAUAGAUUCAGAGAAGAGAAUGAACGUUGCGCUGACGAGAGCAAAGAGACAUUUGUUGAUUGUUGGAAAUCUGGCCUGUUUAAGUAAGAACAAACUAUGGGGAAGAGUAAUUCAUCACUGCAAAGGAUGGGAAAAUGGAUUACAACAUGUAAGCCAGUGUGAGCAGCAGCUAAACAACAUUCUUAAGUGUUAUUUGGAGAAAAAGAAGGAAGAAGAAAAGGAUAAGAAAAAGGAAAAAUAAAAUGUGUGCAUAUUUUUAUAUACUAAAAAAUUGUGUGUCUAUAGAGAUCACUGGGACUCUUCAAGCAAGUGUAAUAUUUGUUUCAUGUGGGAUAAUUUAUUUUGUGUGCACCUCAG